CGGUCGCUGCCCCGCGUGGCCCCGUCCUUUUUUCGCGCUUUCGGUAACGCUUUGCGACUACUUUACAACAAUAUACAAGAUAAUAUACCUUGGUGUGUACACGUUGUGUCGUACCCAAGCUCGCGGUGUGAUACAGCCAACACUGCGCGGAUAUAUACAAGGGAUCAUAAUAAUACAACACCCAUAAGUAGACAAAGAGGAUACGGGUUUGCAAGCACUGGGCGACCGCACGCGAAACUAUACCGUGUUUUAUUUGUAUACGCGCGAGCAGUGUCAAUUGGGAAGAAAAAAAAAAAAAAAAAAGAAAAAGUGCCAGUGUAUACACGACAUUUCGUGUAAUUUACGUUGUACAAGUAUAUAAGCCAACAUGCGCGUACAGUGUUUUAACGCUUAGCUUGGCCUAUAGGGGAUCGGGUCGUUGCACUUUCGAUCGCUGCCGCGAACGGGGGGCUUUCUGUGCGCGUUGUACACCCAACGCGGAGUGAAUUAUAAGAUAAUAUCGACUCGCGCAAGUGGUACGUAUGUGACGCGAUAAGUGCGUACACCUGCGUGGAUCUCCUGGUAAACCAACGAGCGGGGGAGAGGCCUAGCUCUCGAAAGCUCCGUGGGAUCAAAGGAGCGUGUACAGGGUACACCUGUAAACCACGGCUCGAAGCUGGGUGGCUCCGGGGAGUGCGGGAACGGCGACGGUGGGGGUCGCGUGGCCACGAUCAUGACCUACGGCACGUCCUUACACAACACCGGCGACAAGUCGCGGCUUCAACCCGCCGACUUUUACAGCCGGCACUGCAACGCCUCACCGGAGGAUGGUAUACUGCACGGCGAAGGAGACGGCAGAGGCAGCAGGCUGGGCUGCAAAUUAAAGUGCCCGGCGUCGCUGUCGCGGUUUAGGGUCGAGAAGAUCGAGGGCGGCCUCAUGGUCGCGGGCGUCGUCAUCGCCGCCAAUUGUCAAUUGGCCCUACCUGCCUUUGGCUUUCUCUUCGUGCUCGUUGGCGCCGUGCUCACUGCUGCGUCGUAUCGAGGCCAAGGCAAGGACGAGGACUUGAGCUCGUACGCGGCGCGAAUCGACUCGAUGGGCAACUCGCGGGUCCUCGGGCCCACAUGUAUAGCAGUGGGCAGCCUCAUGCUGAUCCUCGGGGCGCUACUGUGUGCACUGGCCCGGCGAGCUCGGAGACGCGAGCGACGCAUUGGUUUCCACUGCCCGGUGCACGGUGACUUUUACCCACUCAGUCCGUCCCGCGCUGCCAAACUCUUUGCCAGCAAGAGUCUCAACGGAGGCGGCAGUGGCGGCUGGUUCGCGUGUUGCCGGCACCAACAGCAGCAACAAAACCAACGUCAAAGGUCGGCGACCGUAAGAGGAGCGAACGGGCUGCGCACCGGCCUACCUCAGUGCCCGCACUCGGUGAUCAGCAGCACGCGAAGCUCCCUGAGCAGCUCGCCCCUGAGCCCCUGUCCAACACCCACGCCGUUUCUCGUCACCUCCGGCUCCAUGAGUGGGAUGGCUGCCGGGAAUCUGUCGCCCGACCAGACCUUCGGAUCCAUCAGGUCGCUCUCGGUGACGAGAGAAAUCGCCAGCUUCCCCCUGUCCCGGACGCCAACCCCACCUCCGCAACACAGGCUGAUAUCGAGCUCGACGUCGAACAACAGCGAGGAGCCGUUGACGGCGGUAUCGAUAGAGCCCGACAGUCCGGCGCGAGAAUCCGAGCCGGUGGUCCAGCCCGCACCGACGAGUCAGCCUCGCAAGUCCGUGAGCAUCGUCCUGCCGAACGAGCAUCACGGAUGACACGGUGAUCGUUAAAGUCACUCGAUAUACUUAUCCGCUGCAGUUGCUACCGAGGGUCAAGACUGAUGCUUGAGCGUGUGUGGGGCUCGAGCUCUAUUUUUUUUUUUUUUUUCCCCCCCCGUGUGAGCAAUUCCUGCGACGAACUCCAUCCACGUCCAAGGAACAACCAAGACGAGUCCCACCGUGGGAAAUCCGACGUACAGGUGAUACAUGAUGUGGACCAUCGGGGUGUAUCUACGAUUUCGAAGGGGGAAAAAUUUGUACAUCAUUUUUGUUCGAUUCGUUGAGUCUCUUUAUUCACUGAGUAAGCUUGCGCGACAACCCCUCUCUUACCCAACGUUUGUUUCGUCUCGUUAGUGCUUUUAUCGCCGAACCCAUGAGAGCCCACGAAAGAACACUGGACUGCAAAUAUACUCGUGCCAAAAUACGACUAACUCGACAAGUGUAAGCAAAGGAAAAGAAAAACAAAAGUGGGUCGCGCUAAAACUGUGACGCAGUUGUACAUUGAUUUUCAUCGGUUUGGGGGUUGUGCCUGUAUAGUCACAAGCGACGCUUUUACUUUCACGGUGCGUCAUCGGGUCCCUCGUGUAUAAUAUUACGAUACGCGUAUUUGUGUGCGUAGGUUUUUCCCCCUUGAAAAAUAUCACAAGUACACAUUAGGAAGUAAGAAAUAGCCGAACGAAGCGAGAGUUUACUCAAAUCAACACGUGAGCCGGCAAUUUCCAAGUGACGCGAGUGACGUGUUUUUGUGGAUUAACGGGAUAUGCUUGUCAUUCGUAUAUACGAAAAGUGAGAGAAAACAAGGGAUGUAGGCAAUCGAUGCGCGAGUUGCCUCGUCAUUCGAGUGCUGCAGAGAGGAAAAAAACAAAAAUAAUUAAUUAAAUGCCAAAUGAGUACAGACUUUUAACGGACGGAAAAUCGAUGUCGUGUAUCUAAAAUUAGCUUGGUCAAAUUUUUUUUUUUCAAUGUUCCAAAACAAUGCAUGACCGUUAGUCGUAAAUUUUCACCCAUCGAGGUAAUGUUGAAAGCACAGUUUUUACACUAACGGUCAUUGUACAUAAUUAUAUUAAUUCGAUUCAACUAAUCGUUGAUGUACGUUUAAAAUAUAAAAAUUUCGUCGUAAUCAAAUAAUAGUUUCAAACUUGAAAUCGUUUUAUCGAUCGGUGUCUUUCGAUAGAUCUUAAAAAUCGGUAGAUUUUCGUGGCGAAUUUAUUAUACAGUAAGUAUAGCUAAUAGACGUUGUUUAGAAAAAAAGAAAAGAAAAAAAUGCGAGUAACUGAUCCUUAAUUCUUAAAUAAUAUGUGUAUUAUUUUUUCAACUCAGACCUCUAAAAUAAGAACACAAAUACUGAAGAUAUUUAUCCACGAGUAGGUAGACAACAAAGUGCGCGUAGGUUUAUUUUUCAAUGAAAAUUAGGCGUCGUAUCGCGAAGAGAUCAACUCAUCAACGUCCAUUUUUUAUACAUACAACCACCUAAUCGUGAAAAAAAAACUGCCCGAGCGUAGACUUUAGUUAUUCUUUAACGUCACAAACCAUCCACAUAGAAAGACGCAUAACAUUUUGUUUGACAUUUAUGUUGUCAUUUCACAUUCCAACGACAUCGAUCAGUCGUUUUGGCAGUGCAUUAAUUCUACGUAUCGACUGUUUGUUCAACAAAAUCUCGUACCAUGACUCUGAAAUCGUCAUCUCUUUAAAGAACAAAAAAAAAUUUAUUGGUAAACGGUUCAUCAAAUGUCAAAUGCAUAUUUCCAGUUUGAUUGAAAUCAUAGACACUUGGAUAUAGAGCGAUAAGUGACUCGCAUUCGGCUUAUCUAAACAAAAAUACAGCUCGAUUGACCUUUUUUUUUUUGCAAACGUGUUCUCUGCACUGCUGCUUCGGGCCUUGCGAAAAUAUUAUAGUUUAGCGAACGCAAGCGCGCGUACGCGUGAAAUUUCGCAAGUUGAGCUUUUUUUUCCAUUGCCGUUUCACUCGCCGCUGACGCUGACGGCACUAUUUUGUCAAAGACAUACAUACUUGUAUAUACAUUUGCAACGGAAGUUUGAAAAUAAGACUUGCGAACUAUCGUUCCUGUAUUUUUCACGCGCUACGAUGAAACUCUCCAUCAUUUUUUGUCUCUUCGAAUCAGCCAUUUCCACAUAAUUAAGUAAACGUCCAGCGAAUCACCUUUUUUUUUUUACUCUGUACGAGCGAACGUUUACACGUUAUAAAAACUAGUUUGUGAUAUUAAAAACUAAAAUAAUAACAUAUAUAUACAUAUAUUAAUUGUACGAGCAAGUACCCGUUCUUUUUGUAUCUGCGUUACGAGUAACUUUGUGAGUGGAAAAAAUGUUUUAAAAAUAAUUAUUUUUGGCGUUUUUAAGAUCAACUCGAGUCAUUUAGUAUCGUUUUUUUACAAGCUACGCGUGAUGGAAUAUACUUUUUUGUACACUGUUUCUGUGACAAUUUAAAGUAUGGCGUAUUGUAAAUUAUAGAUGACUUUAUUGUUCUUACGUUAUUUAAUUUAAUUUUAU